GCGAGUGUGACAACAUUCUGCAGCGCGUUCUCCCUCUUUCAUUUUCAUAUCUCUCCAUGCCUCGUCGAAGUAAACCACCAUGACCACAUCUCUCUGAAUUUCGCAUAUUCACACAAAAACAUGGAAACAUGAUAUAAAUAAAUAUAAAUAUAACAAAUUAAUUUACCCCUACUUCCUAAACGCAACCAUUUCACUAUCGUCAUCGUCGUUUCCGUAUUUAUAAGAUUAAACGACAUAUAGAAUAGAAGAAUUUGAUGGUUAUGGGCGAGUUGACUCAGACGGAGGUUGCGUACUCGCCGAGGACUCAGCAAGUCUGGAAAUCGUUUUUGAGUUGGUUAGCUUUCUUCUUUCAGAUCUUCUCUCAGAUUAUAAGAACCCUCGGUCACUAUCGUUUACUUUCUUCUUCUUCAUCAUCUUCAUCUUCUUCUUCUUCAACUUCCUCUUCCUUCAAACCUCUUCCCUCAGUUGAACUUCAGGAAUACGAUUUGUCGCUGUCACCGCCUUCGGCUCUUGAAAUCACCGCCGAUUAUUCCCCCGCCGUCGAUCACCGCUCUUUCCAAAAACUCACGGUAGUUCUCGACUUAGAUGAAACAUUGGUAUGUGCAUAUGAGACAUCAAGUUUGCCAGCUGCACUACGUUCUCAAGCAAUUGAGGCGGGUUUGAAUUGGUUUGAGCUGGAAUGUGUAUCUUCUGACAAGGAAGGAGAAGGCAAACCAAAAAUCAAUUACGUUACAGUCUUUGAACGCCCUGGGUUGAAGGAAUUCUUGAAGCAACUUAGUGAAUUUGCUGACUUGGUGCUGUUUACUGCUGGUCUAGAAGGCUAUGCUAGACCCCUGGUUGACAUAAUUGACAAGGAAAAUCGGUUCAGUCUACGACUUUAUCGGCCUUCAACAAUUAGCACGGAAUAUAGGGAACAUGUGAAGGAUCUUACCUGCAUAUCAAAGGAUCUAGACCGCAUUGUAAUUGUAGACAACAAUCCCUUCAGCUUUGUAUUGCAACCAGUUAAUGGAAUUCCAUGUAUUCCUUUUUCUGCUGGACAUCCAAAUGACACCCAGCUUCUCGAUGUCAUUCUUCCACUUCUCAAGCAACUCUCUAAGCAGAGUGACGUAAGACCUUUGCUCUGUGAAAAAUUCCACAUGCCUGAUUGGUUCCAGAAGCAAGGGAUUCCAGCUUCCAGUUGGACUUUGUAGGACUAAAAUUGUUUGCCACUAGGCUCUUUUGUUUUUUUGGGUGAAAUUCUUAGUUUUUAUUGCUGGAAGUGCAGCUGCUGAUGGGAUAAUAUAGAUUUUUUGUAUAGCACCAAUUUAUUUCUUGAGCAUCUGAAGGUUUGGAAUGCUGCUUCUUGAAGUCAAAUCAGUUCACCACUUAUGUAUGUAGGGUGCCAAAAUUCUUAUUUUUGUUUAUAGGCUUGCAAUCUGUUGGGAAGUAUGUUGUUACUGUAUUGUAAAAUCAUUUAUCAAUAAUUAUUAGUUGUUCAAACAUUCAUUGCAUUCCAAA